AUGCAAACAAUACGCAAAGACUCAAAUACAAACUAUGACAAACUCUUUCUAGGAUAUAGGUUACCUGAGAUGGGCGACCAGAGCCCAAAGGCAAAAAGGACAUGGGAAAUUUACAACAUACUAGGUGAACAUGAGGCAAAGAUGCAACAACUUGAAGCAGAGGGCAAUGAAGGAAAAAGAAGAGUUAAAAACUCAGUCAGGAAGAAAGUAAAGCUUGGUCCACGUGGGUUCUAUUAUGACAUAUAA